UAGAAGCAGCGCAGAUCAGAUGAGAGCGGUGCGCAACUUUGGCUGUGAGCUGUUCAGUUCGCUGACACUGAGGUGUUGUUCUUUGAAAAUCUAUGGCAAAUUCUUCUUUAGAUCCUUACGUAUGCCGAGACAUGGUGAACGUGGAAUCCGGGCAGCCAUUCACUUCUGCGGUGAUGUUCCCUGCCGGUGUCGUGAGUGACAUCGUGGCGCUGGUGCUGCUGGAGGUCCGUCGCAGGAGGACCAGCCCGUCCUUGUUCCAAAUCCUGGUGACCGCGCUCCUCAUGACAGACAUGCUUGGCUCCAUCUCUGUCAGUCCUGUUGUUCUGGCAGCCUACGCUCGGAGAAAGACUCUGGUGGGGAUGAAUAAAGGCAAACAGCUGUGCUACUACUUUGGCUUCAGCAUGACUUUCCUGAGCCUCUCCACUCUCUCUAUCGUGAGCGUAAUUGCACUGGAGCGCUACCUCUCCAUUGGCCACCCUUAUUUUUACGACAGGCACCUGAGCAAACUCCGCGGUUACAUCACUGUUGCUCUCAUCUACCUGGGCAGCAUCCUGUUCUGCGUUGCUCCUUUUCUGGGUUUUGGAGAUUACGUGCAGUACUGCCCGGGGACAUGGUGCUUCCUGGAGAUGAGCCACACGGAGGGAAAAGAUAAAGUUUACAUCGGGUUUUACGCAUCUUUCAUCCUCAUCGUGAUCACCAGCACGGUGGUGUGCAAUAUAUCGGUCAUAUACCACUUGGUGCUUAUGCACAGGAGGGGCAAAGCGCGACGGAGCGGGAAAUCCGUACGCUUUCGGUACCGCAGUUCUCUCUCCAUGUCGGAGGAGGUGGAGCAUCUGCUGCCGCUGGCUAUCAUCACGGUAGUCUUCAUCUGCUGCACCUUCCCUUUGGUGCUUAGAGUGUACAUAAACUUCACAGGCAGCAAAAAAGAGCGCCAUGAAGAUGACCUCCGUGCUCUCCGUCUGCUGUCCUUCCACUCCAUCAUCAACCCCUGGGUCUUCAUCAUCCCCUCCAUUGUGAGGAUCAUCUGGAGGAAGACGCACAAGCCGCAAAAGUCCUGGGGGGAGAACCAGACGACACUGAAGGGGGGGGGGGGGGCCUUGCUGUGCAGUCACAGAAGCACCAAAAUGAGGAGGACAGUGGACAUGGAUGUGAAAAAGAUACACGAUGCUUCUGAGGCCUGUGGUUUAUUUCUGUCUGUUUCUGAAGGCAACCAACGGUACAGAGCAGAUUUUGUCACAGUGCAGAUUAAUUGA